CUGGGCAUCGAGAUGGACGGAGGAGUCAUGGUGCCUCUGAUAGAACGGAACACCAUCAUCCCCACAAAACAGACUCAGACCUUUGGCACCUACACCGACUACCAGCCCGGGGUCCUGGUCAACGUCUUUGAAGGAGAGAGAGCCAUGACCAAGGACAAUCACCUGCUGGGCGAGUUCGAGCUGUCGGGAAUCCAGUCCGCUCAGAGAGUAGUACAUCGGCUCGAGGUCACCCUCGACAUCAAGGCAGACGGCAUUCUGAACGUGUCUGCUGUGGACAAGAGCACGGGAAAACAAAUCACCAUCACCAACAAGGGCCCCCUGAGCAAGGGCUGCCUGAGCAAGAAAGACAUCAAGAGGAUGGUACGGGAAGCAGAAGAAUACAAGGUAGAAGACGAGCAACAGAGGGAGACUAUAGCGGCCAAGAACGCCCUGGAGUCCUACGCCUUCAACAUGAAGAGCAGCCUGCGGGAGGACAACCUGAAGGACAGAGUGAGUGAGGAGGACAGGAAGAAGGUGGAGGCGAAGUGUGAUCAGGCCAUCCUCUGGCUGGAGAACAUCCAGCUAGCGGAGAAAGAGGAGUACCAACACCAGCUGAAGGAGUUGAAGAAGCUGUGUAUACCCCUCAUUCCCAUGAUGAUAAACUUUGAUGCGGAGGCGAUCUACCUGUGGCUGAGGGAGUUCCAGUUGGAGCAGUACACGGGGAACUUCAUCAACUCUGGCUACGACGUUCCCACCAUCAGCAGGAUGACUCCCGAGAACAUGUAA